CCCAUGCUAAGAAGAUAAAAAAAAUUUUUUUAUUCAACCCACCCUACUGAUAAUUAGAAACGCGCUCAUCUUCCGUGAAUAAUAUGCAUAUUUUCCGCCACUUUUCAGACGGUGCCGCGCAGAUGAAAUUACGUACUCAAUUUUCAAAAGUUAUCCGUGGACGAAGUUAUAAUUCACCGGACCGCCUCGAAGUCCCCGUGCAUCGCGGUGGUUAUUCCAACGAUAAAAGGGCCGGAGAACAAAGCCUCGACGUAUCAACCUUCGGGAACGCGUCGCCGCGUCGGCACAAGGUGUACGUCGUUGGGAGUUUGGGAGUUAGACAGGAAGCUCCUAUACGGCACGGAAGUAAAGGAACUCCAGUCGUACGAAGACCGUUGGUGAAGAAGACCCACCGCGUCCACAACGUCUCGAUCUCCUCCCGAUGUUCCGAAGUUCGUGGCUCACCUUACUUUCCUGUCUUUUCUACGAUGUAGCACGUGUUACGGUUUUUC